UUUCUGGUAUUUGCAGUUUGCCGGCCAAGGUCACACUGUUCCCGGAUUGUUUUUGUUGCUGCGCUCUAUAAAGUACUGGAUAUUUCCAUAUUUUGCUCAUUUUUGUUGUUCCCGCAAGCGAAUUUGUCGAGUUUGCAGCUUUCCAAAUCAAUUCCCCAUCGGUUUGUGAACGACAUUGACAACGACGCAGUUGUGAUUGGGCAAUGUUAUUGCUUUUGUGACCCAUCGAGGAACAACAAAAACAAUCAGCCAAAAUGCAGCGCCUGCACUUUGCACUGCAACUGGCAGUUCUGGUCGCCCUGGGAUUCGCACAGGUGUCCACCGAGGAGGUCAACAUCGUCCACUAUCAGCCGGAGCAAGUGCAUCUGGCCUUCGGAGAAACCGUGCUCGAUAUUGUCGUCACCUGGAAUACGCGCGACAACACCAACGAAUCGAUCUGCGAGUUCGGCAUCGAUGGACUGCAGCAAAGGGCAAAGGCGGCGCAGAUGCCCACGAAAUUCGUGGACGGCGGAGCCAAAAAGGCCACCCAAUACAUCCAUCGUGUGACGCUGUCGCACCUGAAGCCCAACACCACCUACCUGUACCACUGCGGCAGUGAGCUGGGCUGGUCCGCCACCUAUUGGUUCCGGACGCGUUUCGACCACGGCGACUGGUCGCCCUCGCUGGCCAUCUACGGGGACAUGGGAGUGGUCAAUGCGGCAUCCCUUCCUGCGCUGCAGCGUGAAACGCAACGUGGCCUGUACGACGCCAUCAUCCAUGUGGGAGACUUCGCCUACGACAUGGACUCGCAGAACGGGGAGGUGGGCGAUGAGUUCAUGCGCCAGGUGGAGACCAUAGCCGCCUACGUUCCCUAUAUGGUGUGCGUGGGCAAUCACGAGGAGAAGUACAACUUCUCGCACUACAUAAAUCGGUUCAGCAUGCCGGGUGGAUCGGAUAACAUGUUCUAUAGCUUUGACCUGGGUCCGGUGCACUUCAUCGGUUUCAGCACGGAGGUCUACUACUUCACCCAGUUCGGGCUCAAGCAGAUCGUGAUGCAGUACGACUGGCUGGAGCGGGACUUGAUUGAGGCCAACAAACCGGAGAACCGGCAGAAGCGCCCAUGGAUCAUCACGUACGGCCAUCGGCCCAUGUACUGCAGCAAUGACAACGGAGACGAUUGUGCCAAUCACGAGACCAUUGUGCGCAAGGGACUGCCCAUGCUGGACUUCUUCGGACUGGAGCCGCUCUUCUAUCAGUACGGCGUGGACGUGGAACUGUGGGCCCACGAGCACUGCUACGAGCGCAUGUGGCCCAUGUACAACUAUACGGUGCUAAACGGAUCACUGGCCGAGCCGUAUGUGAAUCCGGGUGCCCCCAUACACAUCAUUUCGGGGGCUGCCGGCAACCACGAGGGCAGGGAGCCGUUCUUCAAGCGCAUGCCUCCGUGGAGCGCCUUUCACAGCCAGGACUUUGGCUAUCUCCGGCUGAAGGCCCACAACCGCACGCAUCUGUACUUCGAGCAGGUGUCCGAUGACAAGAAGGGCGAGGUCAUCGAUCGCUUCUGGGUGAUCAAGGACAAGCAUGGCCCAUACGAUCCCAUUCCCAGCUCGGAUCUCAACUGAAAUUUCAGUGUUAUAUAUUCCUGCAGUAUUUAUUUAUACUCAAAUCGGGCACAACUACGUAUGACGUCUCUCACAUUUGCAGUAAGCGGACCAAAAUAACACCGUCCUGUAUUAAAAGUACUUAGCGGACGCCAUAUAUCUUUUAAAAUUACAUAUGACUAUAUUAUACAUACUCUUACCAAAUGUAAUCGCAAUAUACAAAUAAAC